CUUUCAAAAGAGAAUUAAUGGAGAACAAAAUGAUGGGUUGUGCUGUAUUGGCCUUCGGGUUGAUGUUUUUGGUUCUAAAUGCAAGUGGGAGGCCUUCGAAUGACAUAUCAUGCACGGAUGCUUUAACAAGUUUGUUGCCGUGCCAGUCGUUCUUGGUGGGUUCUGGCCCAGCGUCGCCCCCUGCUGCUUGUUGCCUAGGUGCACAAAAUGUGCUGAAACAGGCUACCACCCCUGAGGUACGCAAGGUUCUGUGUGAAUGUUUCAAAAAGGCUGGAAAAGAUAUGGGUGUUAAGCCUGAGAAGGCUAAACAAAUUCCCGAUCUUUGCAAAAUCGAUGUUCCUGUACCCAUUGACCCCGAUGUGGACUGCAGCAAAAUCCCAUGAUGCUCUCUUGGGGAGAUGUACGUCGGAGAAAUAAACGUAGGAGCGAAGGAGCAAUUUAAUUUUCCAAAUGUAUCGUGUUGAAAGAAAUAUGGAUUUGGACUGUUUACAUAUGGACCUGGACUAUAGUCUAUAUAGUAAUCUAAAUGAAUAAAAUAAUUCCUAGUUUCUUCGC